CCUUAUAAGACCUACGCAAGCAAUGACGACAUCUAAACAUAUAAUAUAAAUAGCUGUAGCAGUAUUGUGCGAUUUCAUUGAUAAUCCAACUUAAUUAUUCAUUCAAAAACAUGGAAGGCACCAACAAUGACGUAGUUCUACUGGAUUUCUGGCCAAGUUCAUUUGGUAUGAGGCUAAGAAUUGCAUUGGCCUUAAAAGGGAUUCAAUAUGAAGGGAGGGAAGAAAACUUAUUUGAUAAAAGUACUUUGCUUUUGGAGAUGAACUCUGUUCAUAAAAAGAUUCCUGUUUUGAUUCACAAUGGCAAGCCCAUUUGUGAGUCUCUCAUCAUUCUUGAGUACAUUGAUCAAGUCUGGCAUGACAAAUAUCCCUUACUUCCUUCUCACCCUUAUGAUAAAUCCCAAGCCAGAUUCUGGGCCGACUAUGUAGAUAAGAAGAUAUAUAGUACAGGAAGAAGAGUUUGGAGUGGUAAAGGUGAAGAUCAAGAGGAAGCAAAGAAGGAAUUUAUAGAAAUCUUGAAGACAUUAGAAGGAGAGCUUGGAGACAAAACAUACUUUGGUGGUGAUGACAAUUUGGGUUUUGUGGAUGUGGCUUUGGUUCCCUUCACUAGUUGGUUUUAUUCAUAUGAGAUUUGUGCAAAUUUCAGUAUAGAAGCAGUGUGUCCAAAGUUGGUGGCAUGGGCUAGAAGAUGCAUGCAAAUUGAGAGUGUCGCAAACUCCCUUCCUCAUCCUCACAAAAUUUAUGAUUAUGUCUUGGAACUCAAGCACAAAUUUGGUCUAGACACCAAUUAAUCCCUCUUUAUAUACUAUGGUAUCAUUCAUCGCUUCUCUGCCUUAAAAGUUUCCGUUUGAUGAAAAUUCAUGUAGUCCACCCAAAUGUGCUUGGAAUUAAGACUUAAUUGUUUUUGCA